AUGGUGAGUGAAAGGGGAAUUAAUGCCAACCCUGAGAAGGUAGAAGCAGUUCUUAGUCUCCUAGAGCCUAAGUGCACUAAGGAUAUUAUGCGUUUAAUAAGGAGGCUGGUAGCGCUGACCCGCUUCAUCAGUAAGUCAGCAGACAAAGCCUUACUGUUUUACCAGUUGUUGAAAGGAAACAGAGAAUUCAAAUGGGGUGAAGAGGAAAAGAAAGCCUUCGUAGGGACUAAGGAACAUUUGACCAAGCUCCCCACAAUGAUCAGCCUGGAGCAAGGUGAAAAGCUCCAGCUAUAUAUUUCAUCCUCAACACAAACCAUAGGAGCAGUCCUCUUGGUUGAAAGGAACAAGCAGCAGCGACCAGUUUAUUUUGCCAUUCACCACUGGAUCAGCGGAAAGGAAGUACCUCAUAGUAGUAGUGGAUUACUUCACCAUGAGGCUGAACCCACAAAGUACAUAGCGACACCUCAAGUCAGAACGUACAUUUGGAAGAACAUUAUCACAAGAUUCGGGGUGCCACAGUGUAUAGUCGUUGACCAUGGCUGUCAGUUCGACUAUGAUACCAUUAAGGACUACUUGGAAGAGUUGAACAUCAUGUAUGCAAGUGCUUCAGUAUGCCACCCACAAAGCAAUGGCCAAGCAGAGGCAAUGAACAAGUUGAUCCUAACAGCCUUGGAGAGAAAGCUAGAGGAACAUAAGGGACUUUGGGCUGACUUGGUGCCAGAAGUGUUGUGGGCAAACCGAACAACGGAGAAAGAAGCUACUGGCAAGAGUCCAUUUGCCUUAGCCUAUGGAGCAGAUGUUAUUGUUCCCGUAGAAGUACAAAUUCCCAGCCUACGAAUUCAGCACUACGAGCAGCAAGGAAAUGAGAAGCGCCUGCUGGAAGAAUUGGACUUCCUCCUAGAGAUACGACUGAAAGCUGCCCUCAAGCAGGCUGCCCAGAAGAGCAAAAUCUCAAAGGCUUUUAAGAAAAGAGUUAAGCACUGA